AUGGCCACCACCACCACUAAUGAUACCUCCACGAAAUAUCGGCCCCCUACUGAUUUCCACCCCGAGAUAUCAGAACUAUCGAUUUCCCAGAAAACCCAUGACGGUCUCCAGUUUUGGCAGUUCAUGGUUGCCGGAUCCAUAGCUGGUUCCGUUGAGCACAUGGCUAUGUUCCCUGUUGACACUCUGAAAACCCGCAUGCAAGCCCUUGGCGGGUCCGGGUCAUACCCGGCUCAAAACAUCAAUGUCCGGCAAGCUUUCAAGUCAAUUUUGAAAACUGAAGGUGCUGCUGGGUUUUAUAGAGGCAUUGGUGCCAUGGGCCUUGGUGCAGGACCUGCUCAUGCUGUUUAUUUUUCAGUUUAUGAGUUUUGCAAGCAGGUUUUUUCUCGUGGGGAUUCGAAUAAUUCAGUGGCUCAUGCGGUUUCGGGUGUUUGUGCUACGGUGGCGAGUGAUGCCGUUUUGAAUCCGAUGGAUGUGGUGAAGCAGAGGUUGCAGUUGAAGAGUAGUCCGUAUAAAGGAGUUGUGGAUUGUGUGAAGAGGGUUCUUUUUGAAGAAGGGAUUGGUGCGUUUUAUGCUUCGUAUAAGACUACUGUGAUUAUGAACGCGCCUUUUACGGCAGUUCACUUUGCGACUUAUGAGGCGGUGAAGAAUGGUUUGAUUGAGGUUUCGCCGGAUAUUGCUGAUGAUGAGAGGCUGGUUGUUCAUGCUACUGCUGGUGCUGCUGCUGGUGCUUUGGCUGCUGUUGUUACUACGCCUCUUGAUGUUGUUAAAACGCAGUUGCAGUGUCAGGGGGUCUGUGGCUGUGAUAGAUUUUCUAGUACUUCAAUUGGGAAUGUUAUUAAAACCAUUGUGAAGAAGGAUGGAUACCACGGGCUUAUGCGGGGAUGGAUACCUAGGAUGCUCUUCCAUGCUCCAGCUGCUGCAAUUUGCUGGUCUACCUAUGAAGCAUCAAAAGACUUCUUUCAUCGACUCAAUGACAACCCGGAUAACUAA